AUGACUAGAGCAACCUCAUUCACUAUCACGGAGCCUCCCGUGCUACACAAUAUCCAUCAGAUCAAUGGAAAACUUUCUUCGCCAUCAAGAAAGGGAUUUCCUGCGGUUUGGAUGAGAUCUGGCACUUCAAAGGGUCUCUUCAUCCACCAGAAAGACCUCCCGGAAUCUACUAAGCUCUGGGAACCAAUUCUGGUAUCUGCCAUGGGAUCUGCAGGAGGAAAUGCGAGACAGAUUGACGGGGUGGGCGGUGCUACAUCUACAACUUCCAAGGUAGCAGUCGUUGCAAAAUCUCAAGACCCCAACGUUGAUGUCGAAUACACGUUCAUCCAAGUAGCGCCAGAUCAGGCCAAGAUUGACAUGACUGGAAACUGCGGCAAUAUUGCCUCUGGCGUGGGACCUUUUGCGCUUGACGAAGGGAUUGUGAGGGCGACUCCGGGACAAACGGAGAUCGAUAUUCGGAUCCUCAAUACCAACACUGGGCAGACAUUAGUGGAAACAGUCCAAGUGGCUCCCGGCGGAAGUUUUCAAGAAGAUGGCGACUUUUGUAUUCCCGGUGUCCAAGGCACAUCGAGUCCUAUAAAGGUCGCAUUUCUAAACCCUGGGGGCAGCAUGACGGGUCGGAUGUUUCCCAGUGGGGUACCGCAGGAGAUUCUGACUGUUGAUUCUCUCUUUGCGGGAACAUUUCAGGUGCGAGUUAGUCUGGUGGACGCUGCAAAUCCCUUUGUCCUCGUAGACGCAUCUUCGAUUUCCAUCAAGGGCUCCUUCUCUUGGCCAAACCAAGAUGAGCCUGCUUUCCUGUCUAUCGUCGAAGAUAUCCGCCGUGCAGGGGCUGUGCAAUUCGGGUUGGCUGAGAAUUUAGAGACAGCGGGUCAAGUGCGAGGGACGCCGAAGAUUGCUUUCUUGUCUCCGACGGCUGAAGAAGACGAGGAUUCAGAUCUUCAGGUCCUUGCUUUCACCAUGGGAAAGCCCCAUGCAAGCCUCCAGUUGACUGGUGCAGUGUGCCUCGGAGCGGCUGCAUCGAUUCAUGGAACGGUUGCGUGGGACUUGGCAGGAAGGAAAGGAAUGAACAGAGUGCCGAAGCAUGGGAUGUCUUUGAACGGCCAUGAAAUUGCGUCUCCAUUGCCCACCGGCAUUCGACACCCUGCUGGGGUAAUUUUCGUGGAGACAAUGUUGGGAAUGGAUCAGAAAGGGAAGGUUAACGUGGAUAAAGUGGCGGUCUUUCGAACGGCGCGCCGGCUUUUUGAGGGCAACGUGUUUUACCGAGAAUAA